AUGUCCAGCGUGGGCAGCCAGGACGCCCUCCCACAGGGGUCCAAAAGGCUCCCGGAGCACCACAUGACCUGGAGCAGGGUCACAAAGCCGGCCAGGCCCAGCUAUGUGGAAAGGAAAAGCAAAGGCCGCGCCUACUGGACCACACAGUGCGAGGGCGAGGUGCGGCUGCGGCUGAACAAGAACUUGCUGGAGGAGGAGGCGCCCAUCACCGUGCACGACAUGUUCUUGGGCACCGCCACCAAGUUCGCCGACAACCUCGCUCUCUGCUCCAAGUACAAGAAGGACUGGCACCUGUUCUCCUACAUCGAGUACUACGAGGAGUGCCGGCGCGCCGCCAAGGCCUUCCUGCAGCUGGGCCUGCGGCGCUUCCAUGGUGUGGGCAUCAUGGGCUGCAACUCCGCCGAGUGGGUCAUUGCCAGCAUCGGCGCCAUCAUGGCAGGAGGCAUCUCCGUGGCCAUGUUAUCUUCCAGCUCCCCCAGAAUCUGCCACACAAUUGCAGAGAACUCAAAGAUCAACAUCUUUGUGGUGGACAACGACAAGCAGUUGCAGAAGAUCAACCAGAUCCAGGCCUCUCUAACCUACUUCAAGGCCAUUGUCCAGUACAAGGAGGAACUGCAGACCAAGCAGCACAAUCUGUAUUCGUGGCGGGGCUUUCUGGACUUGGCGGACCGAAUCUCAGACGAGAAGCUGGACCACAUCAUCGACUCCCAGAAGCCCAACCAGUGCUGCACCCUGGUCUACAGCCUGGGGGACAUGGGCCCCCCCAAGAUCCUGAUGCUGAGCCACGACAACAUCACCUGGACCACAGCGGCGACCGUGCAGAGCCUGGCUUACAAGUCUCCCCCCGAGGGGCAGGAGGUCCUGGUGAGCUACCUGCCACUCAGCUCCAUCUCCGCCCAGAUCUUGGACAUGUGGGUGGCGAUCGCCGUGGCCGGGACGCUCUAUUUUGCCCCACCAGAGGCUGUGAGAGAGACUGACUCGCCACAAACCCCGGGUGCCGGCUUCCUGUUUGACCUGCUUCGUGAGGUGAAGCCCACCACCUUCUAUGGCGUCCCCUGGAUCUGGGAACACAUCCUGGACAACCUGAAGGCCAGCCAGCUGGAGUCCAGCAGGUUCCGCAGGAGGAUCAAUGCCUGGGCCAUGAGGUUGGGGCUCAGAACUAACCAGAGACGCAUGUUUGGGCAGGUGCACCCCCCGCUGUGCUUCAACAUGGCCAAGAAACUGGUCUUUGACCCCGUCCGCAAGUUCCUGGGUCUCCACCACUGUGAGCAGUUCUUCAACCUCGGCCUGGGGCUCCCCAGAACCACCCUGGAUUUCUUCCUCAGCCUCAACAUCCCCAUCUACGAGCACUAUGGCCUCUCGGAGUGCACGGGCAUCCACACGCUCUCCAGCCACCAGGCCUUCCGGCUGCUCAGCUGCGGGAAGGAGCUGCUGAACACCAACACGAAGGUGGAGGAGAAGAACGAGGAGGGCAUCGGCCACCUGAGCCUGUGGGGCCGGCACAUCUUCAUGGGCUACCUCAACAACUACGAGCACACGCGCAGGAGGAUGGACAGCCAGGGCCGGAUGUACACGGAGGACCUUGGCUUCCUGGAUUCCGACAAGUUCCUCUACAUCAUUGGCAGCCUCAAGGAUAUGAUCACGCUGAAGUCGGGAGAAGUCAUCAACCCCAACCCCAUCGAGGAACGAGUGAAGAACCACAUCCCCAUCAUUCACUACGUCGUGGUGGUGGGCCAGGACGCCCCGUACCUGGGUGCCCUCCUCACGCUGAAGUGCCAGGUCAACUGGGAGACGGGGGAGCCGCGGAGCGCGCUGACCAGCGAGGUGGUGGCGCAGUGCCGCAGUCUGCGGAGCCAGGCCACCUGGCUGAGCGACGUGCUCCACGGCCGCGACCCCAUUGUCGAUGACUUCAUCAAGGCGCGCAUGGAGGCCGCCAACGCCGAGGCGCCCUCCGCCAGCUCCCGCAUCAUCAAGUGGGUCAUCCUGGACACAGACUUCUCAGUGUGCGGCGGUGAGCUCGGAGCCACCACAAAGCUGAAGAGGGCGAUUGUGUACAGAAUGUACCAGGAGGAAAUCCAGAAACUCUACAAGUAG